GCCAUUGAAUUCAGCUUCUGUGAUUGGCUCGUUACAGCAGCCAGUCACUAAGAAGUUGUUUUUCUCAGAAUCCUUUUGGAAGCUUCUCGGAAAGCAGGAAAAUACGCAAAACUCAAAUACGAGAUUGUUGUUGUUGUUUUUCACCUCAUCCCAUUUCUUUAACGUUAGGUGAACUAUCCUAGACGAACAGCUACGAGAUCGUCUGACUUCAAGAGACCAGCUAAACUGAGGGGUAAGUGAGGCUUUGUCGUUGUUUUGGCUUAUACUCCUUCAUGGCUGGUGUUAUAGAGCGACUAGACUAAUCCUUUGCACGUGAUAGGUUGGUUGUUUAUUUCAACCCCAUUCCAAGGGUCCUUUCUUUCAGGACGUCGAUGAAAUCGAUGAUUGGAAAAUCAAUCGAUGCCAAUCGAUUUCCGGUUAGUUAAUUGACAUUGAGUGGCAUUGAUCGAUCGAUAGCCAGUCGAUAAUCACUCAAACGUGGUCGCGAACAUGCUAUCGAUUGCCAUCGAUGCGGACUCGCCUUGUGAAUCGUGAUUGCGAUACUUUUCGCUCUAACAAGUGCAUCUUUUAAGAGAUUUCUCUCUCUUGUGUGAUACGCUCGGAGGUUCUGUUUAGAUGGUGCUAAGCAACGGCUGGUUUUUUAUCGUAAUCCAGUUAUUAAUAAACAUCUUUCUAACGUCACGCGCUGAGGGAUGUAUUUUGUGACAGAUGUUGUUCUCAUUGGUGUAACGAGGUGGUCUGGGAUGUGAUGGUAAGAGGUAAUCUCACCGAAUCACCAUAACGUUUUGCUCCAUUGCUUAGUGAACGGUGUCCAUACAUUAGAGGACAGAAAGAAAGUGUAUUUGGUACUGGGAUGACAUUGUCAUUGCCGUCAGGAGAUGGACCUUCUUCGAAGUAUUUUAGAAGGUCGUUGUCAUAGUUUGCAUGCCUUAAUAAGACCGUCGAUUUCAAUUCUUCACGAAUCUCGUCAGCCGGCAGGGGUAAUUUGCAGCUGCUGUUUGAGGCGUGAAAACCGUAGUUUUCAUACUUUUCAAGCUGUUGAGGGGAAGUUAGAGGUCUUUCCCAAUUUCGCCUCCCUUUGCUUUCCAAGAAAGGUAGACAAAUUUCUUAUUUAAUAAUUACCUACCCGCUCGAAUAGUUGUUUGGUGAUCGAAGUUGCUACUUUCCUAUUGGUGGGCCCAUCAGCAAUUGAUUGAUCGACUGAUAUUUCGAUCAUCGAUAUCAACGAUUGUUCAGGUCCUGUUUCUUUUCAUUCAUAUAUAGUGUCUAAUAAAAGGCUUUCGAUAUAUUAAAAUUCAGCUUGAACGUCUAGAGGCAAAAACAAGAGAAAUGAAUAAACAUGCUCAUUCAAUUUCUUUAGUUUGUGUUCUCUAGACCUCGCUCCCAAGCUCAAUUUAAAUGUAUAGAGCACAGUCUGUUGUGAAAACAGACAUAUGCUUUGUAUUUAAAAUAGCAUAAAUUAAGACACUGGGUGCAAACAAAUAAGAUUCUCGAGUGUUUCUUGAAUAGCCAAGUUGGGAAAAUAUGUGCCAUCCCAAAGGUCUUUCUCGCAUAAUUUCAUCUUCGCAAUAAAAAAGUUCAAAAAUACUAAUUUGCCAUCCUCUAGUCUCCCUUAAAAUUCAGUAGCGUCCCAACUGUAAUAGACGACUUUCUUUGUACGCUGUUGGUCGUCAAAGCUGUAUAGUUCCUGCGUUACACAUUUAUCACGUUUUCUCUUGCUCUUUUCUCUUUUCAGGAAAGCCAAAUUGCUCAUGUGUUCAACUUAAAAAUUCUUCCUUCAGCAGGGUCUUUCACGACGAUGAAAUCGCUUUCUCCAGCCAAACAAGUUCUGCUCCUAGAUAACGUGGACCACGUGAUUGAAAAUUGAAAAUAAAAAUGCGGUCAUCGCGCAAGAGAUGUUACAGUGAAGUUACUGAUUCCAAGAGAAGAAGAGAGCCUGAAGAAAGAAGACGAAGAAGUGAGGGAGCUGAUUUGCCACGUGAUUCACGGGGACACUCUCCAAAACGACGACGGACAACAGAUGGGAGAGUAGAGGCAGGUUGGGUGGGGGGAACUCAAGGAGAAGAAGACCCAUCACCUCUUGGGUACAAGGCCUUGGAGGAAAUUUGUCAUUCAAAGGCUCCUGAAGAUGGAAUCUUGGAACUCGCUAUCAAGCGUGAAAGAUUCGAAGCACUGCUGAAAUCAAGCGAGAUAAGACGUGAUCUGAUGCAGCUGAUUAUUCGGGCUAUUCAUCUUUGUUGUUUACCAAACGGGGUACGACAUCACGCCGAAGACAUUCUACGUCUGGUAAUUGAAACGAAGUUUCUGACUGUACACGUGUCGAGUUUCAUCAGUCGAAUGUUAUCGUAUGUAGGAUCAAGCCGAGAAGAGUUCCAACCCUCUGAUACAAUCUUGCGUUUGGCGAAGGUCUUUCUUGAAUUCUUGCAAAGAUUUGGACGCGAAAUUGUGCACUCCAUUCCUGUAUUUCAACUCGAACAUACCGUCGCGGAACUGAAAGCUAGAAGGCUUUUACAGAACACAGCUACGUUGGAAAACAGAGUCCGUCAAGUCAAAGAAUUGCAUAAAAAAGUUACCGAUGAAGAAUUCGAUUCUGUGUGGAGAAAGGAAGAAGAAACCGAAGAUGAGCCCCCUUGCAGUUUUAGAGAACUUAGCGUUUUUCCACAAGCUGCAGACCUUAGCGUGACCUACCAGCCCUUCCUUCGCGUCAAUGUUGUUAGACGUCGUUACAGGGACCUGGAACACUACUUAGACGUACAGUUUCGGCUUGUCAGAGCAGACUUCAUUUUGCCUCUGCGCGAGGGAAUCCAUCAGCUUCGAAAGGACUACGGUGGCCUGGGAAGUAGUGGUACCCACGACAGCAAGGAAACAAAAGACGUGCAGUUCUACCGUGACGUCACAGUGCUGUAUCCCGUAUGUAGUGCAAAGGGAAUGGUUUACAGAAUCCGGUUCGACGCGUUUCACCACAGUGUGAGGAACAUCCCAUGGGAGAAGUGCAAGCGUUUGAAGUUUGGGUCCCUUCUCUGCCUUUCUGCUGACGACUUCUACACUCCGCUGUUUGCGACAGUCGAGAGUCGAGAUCCCAAAGAACUUUGCUCCGGCGAGCUUGAUGUUCGAUUUGAAGGCGUAGAGCUCGAUAAAUUGAAUCGUUUUAUCGAGGACAAGACGAAAUUUGACAUGGUAGAGUCUCAAGCCUUCUUUGAAGCGUACAGAUACGUUUUGGAAACGUUAAAAGAAAUCAAACCUGAUAGCCUGCCUUUCCAAGAGCACAUUGUAGAGUGCAAACAGGAUGUUGAUCCUCCAGAUCAUGAGCGUAAAACACAAGGCUUUUACGACAUGAGUGGUAUAGCAAAUGAUGAUGUGAAUGGCAGCAAUGAUGAUUUGAUGUUGCCGUCGGAGGACGAAAGAAUGGAUUCCUACAGAGAGGGUAGCCUAUCCACCGAUGGCGGAAUUCUUCUAAAUGCCUACGACUUGCGACGCUACCGAGACAGCCUGGGUUUCAACGACUCACAGCUGCGAGCGUUCCAGUUAGCGCUGACCAACAGGUUUGCCAUCAUUCAAGGACCGCCAGGGACUGGGAAGACUUAUGUGGGUUUAAAGAUUGCGCGUGUUCUUUUGGACACAGCCUCGCUCUGGGAGGACGAGGAAGACCGGUCACCAAUCUUGAUGGUGUCGUACACGAACCACGCCUUAGAUCAGUUUCUGGAAGGGCUGUUACCGAUGACAGGGAUUGUUCGCGUCGGUGGACGUUCUAAGAGUGAGAAGCUGGAGCCCUGUAUGCUCAGAUUUCUUCGAGAACAGGCUCGUGAAAGUAGAGAAAUCCCAGGGAGGAUAGCUAGAGCGAGGACAAAAGCUCGAAAGAAAAUGAGAGAGAUUAGAGAAAAUGGACAGCUGGAGCUGUCCAUAAAAGUGCUGAAGUAUUCGAGAAGAGGAAUCAUGUCUUACCACGUACUGAAGCAGUUUAUGUCCGAGCGUCACGCUAAAUGGUUUGAGAAAGAAUUUGAGAGACACGACAAAAGAAGCGCUUCUGAUCUGUUCUGCGAAUGGCUUGGCGUAGAAAGACGUGUGGCUGCUAAAGAUUUCAGAGACCGAGAUGAUUAUGGUCCCCACAAGGACGAUUUCCAGAUGCAGGUAUCCUUUCGGAGCUUCGCAAACGAGGACGAUGUCGAAGAAGACGAAACAAGCAAUGCCAUCAAGCCUUCAGAAGUGGUCAUUUGUGAAACCGAAGACACCAGAAAGCCCACCGAGCUACGCAAAAAUCUUCAAGGUACGGAAACCAUGUCUGAAGACGAAGAAAAGUGUGCAUUCCUUUCUCAGCGUCUAUCGCAGCAGCAUCGCUGGAAUAUUUACAGACUGUGGAUGGAAAGAGCCGAGAAACACUAUUUGCAGCAGGUACAGACGAACCAACCUGAGUACGAAAGGUUGUCGGCUCGCACGAGUGAGUUAACUCAAGAGGAGAACUUGUUUGUUCUUCAGAAAGCACGUGUCAUUGGCAUGACAACUACAGGCGCCGGUAAGCACCGCCGAAUUCUCCAGCGGAUUCGCCCCAAAAUCGUCCUGGUUGAAGAAGCUGCUGAAGUACUGGAGGGUCAUAUUAUUACGUCAUUGACACAGGGAUGCGAGCACUUGAUUCUAAUUGGAGAUCACCAGCAACUGCGACCAACCCCUGCAGUCUAUGAAUUAGCCAAAAAGUACAAACUGGACGUGUCGUUAUUCGAGAGAAUGGUGAAAGCUGGAAUUCAGUGUGAGAGGCUGUCCGUUCAGCAUCGCAUGAGACCUGAGAUCGCUGCCUUGAUGAAGCACAUCUACGAAGAUCUGGAAAACCAUGAGUCAGUGGAGAAAUAUGAAGACAUCAAAGGAAUGAAGAAGAACAUGUUCUUUAUCGCCCACAACUAUUUAGAGAUGUCUUGCGAUCAGACGCACAGUCAUGUUAAUGAGCACGAGGCUAGGUAUCUAGUGGCGCUGUGUCGUUAUUUACUACAGCAAGGCUACAGAGCCCAUCAAAUAACACUUCUGACAACCUACAUGGGUCAGAUGUUUGCCAUUAGAGAAUUCCUCCGAGAGGAAGAGGAUCAAGCAGUGAGAAGUGUCCGAUUGACGACAGUUGACAACUUUCAAGGUGAGGAAAACGACAUCAUUCUUCUUUCUCUCGUGCGCAGCAACAAAACCGAGAAAGUUGGCUUCAUCAAGGUUGUAAACCGCGCAUGUGUGGCGCUCUCUCGGGCCAAGAAGGGUUUCUACUGCAUUGGAAACUUUGCUCUUCUCUCCAGACACAGUGACAUCUGGGGUAAGAUUGUGGCGGAUUUAAAAGCGAGUGAGAGCAUUGGAAAGAGUUUGCGACUUGUCUGCCAGAUUCAUGGUGCAGAAGUGUCGGUGAAAUCAGCCAAAGAUUUCAAGGCCAGAGUCCCUAACGGGGGAUGUGAGCGUCUAUGUAAGGUGCGCCUGGAGUGCGGUCACUCUUGUAAACAGCGAUGCCAUCCUUAUGACGUUGAGCACAAGAACAACAAAUGUGUGGAACCUUGCCUCAGAAACAUCAAAGGCUGUUCUCACCCAUGUGUCAAGCUUUGUUUCCAAGAGUGCGAAACGAAUUGCCAAGUUAUGGUGCAGAAAGCGCUACCAUUAUGUGGACACACCAACACAGUGAGAUGCGGCGGUGACUUAAACAGAGUUCACUGUAAGGCACAGUGUGAGAAGGUGCUUCGAAAGUGUGGCCAUCGGUGUCAAAAGCGCUGUGGAGAACCCUGCACGCAAAAUUGCCAAACGCUUGUGAAGAAAACUGACUGGCCAUGUUGUCACGAUGUGAGGGUCGCCUGCUCUACCUCCCCAGUGGAUUGCCCAGUCCGGUGCUCGGCUGAUUUAGAGUGUGGUCACCAGUGUUCCGGAACAUGCGGCGAGUGUCGAAUGGGACGAAUUCACAAACGAUGCAGGUCCAAGUGUGGUCGCCUAUUGGUUUGUUCUCAUGAAUGUACAGACUCCUGCAUUAAGGCCUGUUCACCAUGUUCCAGGAAAUGCGAAAACCGGUGCCACCAUAGCGAUUGUAAAAAAACGUGUGGCGAGCCAUGCGUGCCGUGUCGCGAGACGUGCAUGUGGGAAUGUCGUCAUUACAAGUGUUCGAGGCUGUGUGGAGAGUUAUGCGACAGGCCAAGAUGUAACGAACCGUGCAAUCAAACCUUGGUUUGUGGAAGAGGCCGCCAUAUUUGUCGCGGUUUGUGUGGAGAACUGUGCAUCUGCGCUCUUUGCGAAAAGAAUGAUGAUUAUCCAAUUACAGAGAUCUUCUUUGGCGAGGAAGAUGAGGACGAUACGCUUUUCGUUCAACUUCCAGACUGCAAACACAUUUUUGCAGUGGCAGGUCUGGACAGAUACAUGGACAUGUCGGAGGAUGAGAAUCAGGUGAUUCAACUCAAGUCCUGUCCUCGCUGUUCCACUCCCAUCCGAACGAGUCUGCGAUACGGCAAUGUCAUCAAACAGCGGCUACAAGACAUAGAGAAAGUGAAGGUGCGCGCAAAUGGUCAUCCACGCGAAAUGGAUGAAAUAAGGAAAAGAUUGCAAACUCGUCUGGCAGACCUAGAGAGGAUUUUUAAUGGCGAGAAUGAAAUGACAGAGUGGAGGAGGUUAGAGCGAAGUGUAGAGCGAAUGACCAAAGCAACAGUCGCGUCAGUGACUGAAAAUCAAGUGACGUUGAUGGAGAGGUUUUGUGUUAUGAACCAGAAGUUGAAUCGGCACCUUCUUGAGCCCCGCGGAAAACCGAGCGCCUAUAUUCGCGUGGAAGGUCUUUCUGUACAGAGGGAAUUGGAGCAUCUGAGAAAACGUUUUAUGUCCCAAGGAGUUACAGAGAGAGAACUUCGAGACAUCAACGUAGAAUUCAGCCGACAAAACCUCCAACUCGAGCUGUGUUUGUUGCGUCAUGACGUAAAGAACGUGGGCCUAAAUCUAAAGACGAAGUACCUCGAUAUGAUGUCGGUUGUCCAAAAUGAACUAUCCAGCGGUAGACCAGUGGAAGAGGAGAGACUGGACCGGAUGCUGCAGGAGUUGGGUGCUAUCAGGCAAGCCUACCGCUUCCUCUCGCCAAUAACGCCCGAAGAAAAGAAAGAGAUCGUGUCUGCGAUGAACCUGUCUCAAGGUCGUUGGUACAAAUGCCCCCAGGGACAUGUCUACACGAUUGGCGGGUGUGGACAAGCCAUGCAGCGAAGCACGUGUCCUGAAUGCAGGGUUGUGAUUGGUGGAACAGACCACCGAUUGAUUGAAGGAAAUAUGCCGGCGUUCGAGAUGAACAACACCAGAACGAGGUUUGGUCACCGCCAACAGAAUUACAGAUAAACAGUGUUGGCGUUAAUUGUAACAAUUGAUAAAUUAAGGGAGCUAUGCAAUGGCACGAAAUUUUCAACCAUUUUGUGAUGUACAAAAUUACUUUUAAUAGAGAAAACCUAUAACAGUCUAAGGUAAAAAUAGCAAUUAAUCGAGAGAAAA